AUGAGCAGAAACAUCUUUUACUUAUUAUGCCUUACAAUUUUUCUUGUGCAAUUGACAACAUCUGCAAGCAUUCCAACAGACCAUGCUGAACUCUUGCAAAAGGUGAAAGAUCAUCCUGAUUACAAGAAGAUUGCAGGCGAGCGAAACAGACAUCGUGAAAUUGCCCUGAGUGAAGAUCAGAAAUCACAAGAUGCAUAUUGCAAAGCUCGUAAUAGUUGCAUGCCAGGUGGUAACGUGUUACGUAAUAUUCAAGGUCGCUAUCAUAAAGGUAGAUUUGAACGUCAUACUCGUAGAGCAAAAAGGGAGAGCUCAAAGCUUGAUUUAAUGGAAAAUUUCGCAAAGAACACACUUUCUGCACAGAAACAAGAAAUGUUGCAAAAACAUGCAGAUCAAGGAACGCCUUGA